ACUACACUACAAACAACUGUAGUCUACGUAUAGUUACCACCAGCUGAAGGGGAUAUUACUAUUUCUAGGGCUUUUUUCUGCGUAUUCAAGAAAGUCUAAACACAAACACACUCUCAAAUUCGCUGCUUAUAGAUUUCAGGAGGUUUCAUGGUAUUUUUAAAUAGGGUGUCUCGGAUAAAAAGAUAGUCUUUUGUUACGGUUGCAAUGGAAACUAUAGAUAUUGUGUCAUCAGAUAGUAGUGAUAGUGAUUGGGAUCUGGAUGAGGUUAAGGCACUGAUUGAUUCUGUUCCGUCAGAGUCUACUGCUCAUCCAAUUUCAACAGUUCAAGGUCAAUCGUCCCAAGUAUCUACUUCAAAUGGAAUCUCGGCAAAACCAAGACCAGGAUUGGCUGCCAAUCAAAGGGCCCUUACAUCCAGGGGAAAUACCUCUGGUAGCAUUUUGACCGUUGAUAAUAGACCUUCACGUAAACUGCCUUCACCAGCAAGUGUGAAUGCUUACAACGGAAGCUCAUUACACCGUAGCCAGCAAAUACAGGGUCAUAUUCAUAAGUCUCCAGGCUCAACUAGCAGUUUGGGAGUUUCAAACCUGAGAAUAACCCAAGAUAAUAAUCCUACGAGUUCAGCUCAUAAAGAUAACAAUCAAUAUACACCUUUACAAGGCUCUAAAAGGGCACUUCCACCAUCUAUACAUCGUCAAGUACCUUUAGUGGACAAUGUGGGUAGCAGUCAGAUGCGUGAAUCUUAUAGAAAAACUCUUUUUUCUCAACAAAAUUCAGCAUAUGGCAUGAGCCAUAUGAAAAAUCAAACUGGCAGGGGAAGUGAUGAUGAAAUAGUAAUGUUCGAUAGCAGCGGGUGUAGGAUUCAACCUCCAUCACAUGCAAAGUCUACUUUAACAUCACAGCAUACCAGUUCGACAGAUACAGUUUUUCGCUCUGCAGUUGGCCAAGACAGAGUAGCUGAACCUGAUGAGAGGCUAAUUUUCCAAGCAGCAUUGCAGGAUCUAAGUCAACCUAAAGUUGAAGAAGAUCUACCUAAUGGCCUCAUGACAGUCCCUCUUCUUAGACACCAGAAAAUUGCACUAGCCUGGAUGUUUCAAAAGGAAACUAAAAGCACUUAUUGUUCUGGUGGAAUUCUUGCUGAUGAUCAGGGCCUUGGUAAAACCAUUUCAAUGAUUGCCAUUAUACUGAAGCAGAGAUCUUUACAGUCGAAAUCCACACCAGAAGAUCAAAACCAGCUGACAACUGAAGCCCUAAAUUUAGAUGAUGAUGAUGAUGAUGAUAAAAUUACUAUUCUUGAUGAUGACAAAAAAGAUGGGGAAUCUAAUGACCUUAAAUUGCUACCAGAAGCAAGUACUUCUAGACGGGAAUUUAAGAGUUCAAGGCCUCAAGCAGGGACAUUGGUUGUGUGUCCAGCAAGUGUGCUUCGUCAAUGGGCCAGGGAGCUGGCUGAGAAAGUUGCAAAAGAAGCUCCACUUAAAGUUCUAAUUUAUCAUGGAGGCACUAGAACAAAGGAUCCUAGUCAACUAGCAGCAUAUGAUGUAGUUCUCACAACAUAUGCUCUUGUGGCGAAUGAGGUCCCAAAACAACCUGUGGUUGAUGAGGAUGAAGAUGAUAUGAGAAAUGCGGAAAGGCAUAGAUUUUCCGCUGAGUUCUCUACUAACAAGAAACAAAAGAAAAUGAAUGGUGCUGGUAAGAGACGAAAGAAAGGUAAUAAAGGGAUUGACUUUUCUGAUAUUGACUUGGAUUCUGGUGCUCUUGCAAGAGUGCGUUGGUUUAGGGUCAUAUUGGAUGAAGCACAGACAAUAAAGAACCACAGAACGCAGGUGGCCAGGGCCUGCUGUAGUCUAAAAGCAAAAGUAAGAUGGUGUUUAUCUGGAACACCCAUACAAAAUUCAAUAGAUGAAUUGUUCAGCUACUUCAGAUUUUUGCGAUAUGAUCCAUAUAGUGCCUACAAACCUUUUAUUAGUAUGCUAAAGAACCCCAUUUCCAGAAAUUCUGUCCAAGGAUAUAAAAAGCUUUAUGCUGUGCUCAGGACCGUAAUGCUUCGUCGAACUAAAGACACAUUCAUUGAUGGAGAGCCUAUUAUUACAUUACCAUCAAAAACAAUAAAUCUAAUUAAGGUGGACUUCUCUGCCGAGGAACGGGCUUACUAUCAAAAACUUGAAGCUGAUUCACGCUCACAGUUCAAAGCCUAUGCUGCUGCUGGCACUUUGGGUCAAAAUUAUGCAAAUAUACUGCUCUUGCUCUUGCGCCUUCGGCAAGCUUGUGACCACCCGCUGCUAGUAAAAGGCUUCACUUCGGAUUCUGUUGGAAGAUAUUCCUCGCAGAUGGCAACAACUCUUCCUAGGGAUAUGCUAAUAAACUUGUUGAAGCAACUACAGACGACCUCAGCCAUUUGUGGUUGGUGCAAAGAUCCACCCGAAGAUGCAAUUGUCACCAUGUGCGGACAUGUUUUCUGCUAUCAGUGUGUAUCAGAAUUCUUAAGGGGAGAUGAAAAUACAUGUCCUUCACCUGAAUGCAAAGAACAACUUGGUCCUGAUCUUGUGUUUUCGAAAGCUACCUUGAGAAGUUGUCUAUCUGAUGAUCAAGAUGAUAAUCCCUCUAGUUCAUCCCAAUCUGAAAAAUCUUCCGUAGUUUUGCAGAGGGACUAUAUUUCUUCAAAAAUUAAAGCUGCUUUGGCAAUUCUUAUGACUCAUUGCAAAUCAAACAGUCAAAUGUUGCAGUUGCAUGGCGUGGUUUCUUCAGAUCGAGAGGAAGAACUAUUAGAGUCAGGUGGUUCAUGUUCGGAUGCACAAAUUGGAGCUCCAAGAAAGGCUAUUGUUUUCUCUCAGUGGAUUGGCAUGUUGGAUUUAUUUGAAAUGGCACUGAAACAGUCUGGUCUAGAGUAUAGGACACUUGAUGGUACAAUGACAUUAUCUGCAAGAGACAAGGCUGUCAGGGAAUUUAACACUGACCCCGAGGUAACAGUUAUGCUCAUGUCGCUAAAAGCUGGUAACCUUGGUCUGAAUAUGGUUGCUGCAUCGCAUGUGAUCCUUUUGGAUCUUUGGUGGAAUCCAACUACUGAAGAUCAGGCUAUUGACAGAGCUCAUCGAAUCGGACAGACUCGUCCUGUCACUGUAUCAAGGCUCACUAUCAGAGAUACUGUUGAAGAUAGGAUAUUGGCUCUUCAGGAUGAGAAAAGGAAAAUGGUUGCAUCUGCAUUCGGUGAGGAUCAAAGUGGGGGCACAGGAAGUCGAUUAACUGUGGAAGACCUGAAAUAUCUAUUUAUGGGUAACAAUAACAUGGUUUGACAGGUGAAUCUAGCAUGCACAAGUUUUGCCAUAAAAAAGAAAAUGUAGUAUGUAAUGAAUUUCUAAAUACUUGUAGGAAACAAAACAUUAGCAUUUAAGUGUAGAAUUAACCAUCGGACCUAGUAGGUUUGCGCUCUGCAUAAUCUGGUGCUGCACCAGUUUUUGGGUCAGCAAAUGGAGCAAUUUUGUUGUGAUAAUAUAUGUGGAUACUAGAUACUAUGUAUGUAGGGGAUGUAAAUAUAAGAACCAAAAAUUUGUACUUGAUCAAACGCAAAAUCCGAGAAACAGCGGGAGCAAGCCAUUUGGUCGGGACUAAUGCCCAGAUCAUUAGUUUUGUAAUUAUGGUAAAUUGGAUAAAACGUAUUGUUCAUUGUUGCGAUUAAAGACAGAAAAUUGUUAAUGUUA